GGUGCGGGACGAGGGGAAAAGCGUUCCCCUGGAGCUUUCAGACUGCUUUCCCUGCGCGGGAGUAAGCGGAGCAGCGCUGCUGUAGCCUUAGCGCUUGUCCCGCAGGAGCGGCCUGCUCGUCAGGGCCUGCGUGAGGAGAUCCCCAUGGAAGCGGGAAGCAGCUCCAGCCUCAGCCAGGACUCCUUGGCCAGCCUGACGGCGGGUGACGUGCUCAUUCACUCCACGGGUGUCCUGAGGGAGAAGCCCAUCGAGGCUGUGACACGGGCUGGUGGCCGUCCCAAGAAAGUGACGAUCGCUGUCAAGAGGCUGCGGGAAGCGGCGUCCCCCGGCCCGGCAGCUGAGCCGGCUCUGGCCGGAGACAGAGCACCCUCCAGCGUCUCUCCGGCCUCGGUAGCAAGUUGGGUUCGGUUCGAUGGAGUGACCCAAGUGACCCACGGACCUUCCCGCAGCGCGGCACCGGGAGUCUCAGGUACCAAAGGACACCCAGAACCUCUGCUUGCAAUAGAAAACUCUGCAGAGUCCUUGUUUUCAUCCCAGAUGGAUUAUCCCAGAGAAGCUGCAGAUCAGGAAGAUCCUUCACUGCUGCUGGAAGACAGCAGAAGACCUGAAGAUGAUGUCUUUAUUUCUCAAUAUGCUGCUGGUCAGAAGGAGGCUCUGAGAGCUGUGUUAAAGCAAAAAACUCAAACUACUCCUGUACUUAAAGAGGUGAAGGUGCAGCUCCUAGGAAACCCCUCAGUGGAGAAGAAGGAAGAUGUUGGUCAUGACACCAGGGAAGUGGAUUCUGCAGCCACCAUUGCAGCAGCAACUGCUGCUGCCAUUGCUACCACAGCUCCACUUCUUAAAGUUCAAAACGAUUUGGAAGCAAAAGUUAAUUCAGUUUCAGCAUUACUUCAUCAGCUCCGGGAGACAGAGACACAACUGCAGGGUGUUGCUGAACAGCAAACAAAUACAAAGUAUCAGCAGGAGAAGCCCCACUGCCAUGAAAGGGUCACUGAGCUGGAAAAACAACUGAGUUCUCUCAUGGUGCAACGGAUUCAGCACCUGGAAAAGCUGCAGGAGCAACAAAUGAAUAUUCAGUCUCACCUCAUCAGCUCUGCAGUCAACAUGAGGGCCUUACAGCAGAGUCACAACCCUUCCUCCAGCCUCCUGACAAAACAGGCUGAGAACCCAGAACAGCAACUGCUGAAGAACCAAGAAUCUUUAUAUCAGAGGGCUUCAUUUCCUACCAGUGCUCCACCUGCUCAAGCAAAUUCAAGCCAAUUUCAAAGUCAUGGGAUGCAUUCACAAAAAUAUUCUCUAAUAACACCAGUUCCUCGGAGAUAUGUUCCAGAACCUGUAUCCAAAAAUGUGAAAAUCUCAGGGAAAGAAAACCCUGUAACAGAAAAGGAAAAUAUUCCCAAAUCCAUGAAUGAAGGUGAAGAGAGACUUGCUGAGCAUAUUCUGAGUUCUCAAGAAAUGCCACUGAGGCGAAUGGAAUCUUCAGAGAAGGCAGCAUUAAAGAGUGAUAAAAUGAGCUUGUAUCCUGGGAGAGACAGGAAUACUGCUUUGUGUACAGACUCAGCCCCCACUUUGGAAAACUCCUUCCAAAACUGCAAAUCAAUUGAGAAAACUGUGAAAAAAGCAGAUGAUUUACUUCAAGAUCUUGGGCAGUUGAGAAGAGAAAUGCGUGACAUGCUGCAGGAAGCAAAUUCAUGGAAGACAGACAUGAAUGACCUUAUUAAGCCAAAAAACCCAACUGUUGCUGCUGAGCCUCAAGGACAUCAUCAGCUGAAGAAAACAUCCAUCCUUGAAAAUGUUAAAGUGCCAAAAUCCAUACUGAGGGAUGCUGAAAGGAUUUUGAGAGGGGUUCAGAACAAUAAGAAAGUUCUUGAAGAUAACUUGGAGGCUGUUGUCCGUGCAAAAGAUGGAGAUGCCAUGGAUGCUUUUAUUAAUGCCUUGGCUACAAACAGGGAUGCAUUUGAAGAGAUUCGUAUCAGGAAGACUGUGGAUGAGUGGAUUAAGGCAAUCAGUGCAGAAAUCCAGGCUGAAAUGGCAAGCAAUGAUUCAGAACAAGUGAAAUAUGAUCAAAAGGUCCCGUGGAUUAAGAGAGCCCAAAACAUCAAGGUUAUGAAGACCAAUAAAGAAAUUAAAGCAAAAACUGAAAAAACUCAAGGAUGCUCAACAAAGAAGCCUUUAUCUGCAGCUAAGCCAUUACAGAAGCAAGCAGAAGAUAACACAAGCAAGCAGAGGUUUAGACCUUACUUUUCUUCUGAAAAUUUUCAGAGGGAAGCAAAAAGGGCACAUGGACCUGUGAACAGCAGAGCAGUGAUACAAAAUGAAGACCACCUGUGGCAAAUUUAUGGGAAACCCAUUUACCAGGGCCAUCGCAGCACUCUUAAAAAAGCACCAUAUCUGAGAUUCAACUCUCCCUCUCCCAAAUCUAAAGUUCAAAGACCCAGGGUCAUAGAGUGUGUUAGAGGUACAAAGAUGAAGUCAGCAAGAACCCAAACUUCUCGCCCACAGAAGGUGGCAACCAGCCCUAAGAGUCAGCAUCAUUUUUAUGCACUUAGCCAAGAAAAUCAGUAUCUCUUCAGUCCAAGUCGAGAUGUUCCUGAGGUCUCUGGUCCACUUGAAGGUCACCUAAUUCCUAUGGCUAUCCCACUAGGUCAAACCCAAAUUAGUGACAUCUCACUGCAGCCUGCUGGAGUCGUGAUAGGUAAACCACACCCUGUUACAGUUACAACUUCUCUUCCUGAAGUGCCACCAAAACCACCUGAUGAAAUAAAAAAGCCAAACAUAGCUGUGAUAGGGAUGAGAUCAGAGAAAAAAGAUCCACCUCAGCUGACUGUACAGGUGUUACCAAGUGUGGAUAUUGACAGUAUUUCAAGUGCCAGUGUGAGUGUAAACCAAGUUCUUCCAUGCUCUGAACCUGUGCUUCCUCCUGUCCAUUCUGUAAUACAGACUCCAGAAGAUGCACCUAGUGAAGAGGAAGACACAAAGAUUCCAGGAACUAAUUUCAUUGAUGUUACUGAUGUCAUGCAGGAUCAGGAAGAGGAGGUGGAUGAAAUUCCAGAAUUCUUUGAGCCUCUUCUGGAGCUGAAUGGGCAGUUUAAAGUUUCCUCCCCAAAAUACAAUGGCCCUUUGUUUCCUCCUGUGGCUUCUGCUCCUCAACAGUCUUCUGAUGUGUUAGAUGAACUGAUACAAAGGAGAGAAACUAUAGAAAACAAGCUGAUAAACUGGGUGGAACAAGAAAUAAUGGCAAAAAUUAUCAGUGGAAUGUACCCAGUUCAGAAAGAAACAGUGCCCAGUGUUAGCAUCUCAGAGAGUGAAGACAGUGAGACUGUAGCCUCUGACAUUGUUGAGGUUGCAGGUGGUGGAGGGUUUCAACUCUUCAUCAAUGCUGGUGUGCCUGUGGACUCAGAAAUGAUCAGUCAUUUUGUAAAUGAAGCUCUCAGUGAGACAAUAGCAACCAUGCUGGGUAACAAGCAGCCUCAGAAAGCAAUUCCUGCUACAAAUGUUCUUCCAAGUGUGAUUAUGAAGGAUUCUCCUGUGCCUACUCCAUUGCCAACACCCCAGGCCACACCACCACAAACACCACCUUCAGAAAAAGAAUUGCCUCUGGUCAAAACUCCAGAAUCUUCUCUAUCUCUUACAGAAAUGAGUGGGGCUGUUUGCGAGCAUGAAAAAAUUAAAGAAACAGGAGUUGGGGUUCCAGCUGCUACUGGUUGUGUUGGCACACCUGUGAUUACCCCUGUCAAUACACCUCCCAGAACAACCACACCAAGCCCUCCUGCCUCAGAAGGAGUCUCUGAAGCUGCAAAAAUGGAAAGUCCAAAGCCUUCAAAGGCAUGGGAUGAUGCAGAACUUCCUCUGGAAGAAGAGAAACUCAGUCCUGAAACUGAAGAACCAUUCCAUCCCAAGGCUGUUGAAAUGUCAGUGGCUAAUGAUGAGGAACCAGAGGACUUGAUUUUACCACCUCAGCAAUUGUCAGUGAACCCCUUCCAGUCACUUCCUUGCAAUCCACAGGUUCCAUCACCUGUGCCUACAGUUACUUCUGGGCAAUCCACUCAGGAAAGCAGCCUUACCCUCACAGAAACAGAAACUGCAGGCAGACCCAUCUCAGAAGGGGAGGUACUCUUCAGCAAUGGGCUGCUGGCUGCAAGAGGAUUAGCAGGAGAAGGAGGACUGUCUCUUCCAAACCUUGCUGAGAGCUUAACGAGUACUUUACAGGAUGCCAAUGAAAUGGAUUAUGAUCCUCCCAGUGAAGGGCAAGUGGUGAGAAGACUGGAUAAAGGCUUUCACAGGGACCCUGUCCUGACUCUUUUAGCCAAAUUAAAUCAAGCACCUGUUCUUGCACAAGAAGGAACAUACCAUUUGGAGGAUUCUGAUCGUAGUGCUGGGGAGCUCAGUGAAGGUCAAAGACCAAGGCUGACCAGAGCAGCAGAGAGAAUCCUCAUGGGACACUCAGUUUUUAUGGACCAUCCAACUGCUCAGACUCCUGAGAACAGACCACAGGGAGCUUUCCAUUCCUCAUCUCCAGGGCAGCUGUGCCAGACAGGAGCAGCAAUUCCUGGAGAUGCAGAUACGAGUCAUGGUCCAAUGCUUAUGGCUGAGCUAGAACUGCAACAAGUUUCAAAUCCUGUUUUGCAAGCAGCCCAACCAAGCUGCAGGGUGACAUCUCUCUCAAAGGGUCUGUCCCAGGAGAAGAGUGAAGGAGCUGCACAGGUUGAGACUGUGAGACCCCGAGUGAUAUUUGUGAGAAGGAAGUCUGAAGAGCUGCAAAAAGAAGAUACCCCUGGAGACAUGGAUCAGACACACCUGGGCACAGAUACAUACCUCACACCUUCACUUACAGGAGACGAUGCUGCCCCACAUUUGAAUUCACAUGUUUCUGCAGCAAAGGUGUCAGUGAAGCUGCCUGCCAUGAAUAUAGAUAACCAAACACAGAGUGCCAGCAGUAUAAAUGGCAAUUCAGAUUCUUCAGGGACAGAUACAUUUUAAGGCUUUCAGCUUUUUAUGACAGCUGCUGUCUGAAGAUUUUGUCACCAAUGCACUUGUCUGUCUAGUGUGAUAGUCUGAGUAUUUUAUCAAAGUUCCAGUCUUCCGGUGCUGCUUUUGUUCU